UUGAAAUCAUCGGACACCCCGGAAAUCUAACUACUAUUGUUUUUCCUUUUGAAAAUUAAUAAAAAAUGCAUUAAAAUUAGUAGUACAUGUUAAAUCCCGCUCUGUUAAUCGUGAAGCUUUAAUUGAGCCGAGAACCCAGAAGGAGCUUCUCUUUCCGUCAAAACGCACAAAGAAAAAGAAAUACAACUGGCGCUCUGUUUAUCAAAAUUCUGUGGAAGAAUAAUUUAGUCGCUUGUAAUUUCGUUCUUAAUCAGUAACAAUGGGAAAAAACGUAGUAUCUGAUGAAGAAGAUGAGGUCGAAUACGAAGACGAGGAGAGGGGACCCCUGGGUGCUGAUGCCAUAGACGAUGAUGAUGAGGAAGACGAAGAAGGGCAAGAUGAAUAUGAGAAGGAUGAUUUUAUAGUAGAUGAUAUUGAGGAAGAAGAAGAAGAAGCUGGUGAGGAAGAGGACAGGGCUGACAGUGAUGAAGAAAGACACAAGAAGAAAAAGAAAAAGAAGAAAAGAGAAUCUGUGGAUGUACUAGAUGAAGAUGAUUAUGAGCUGCUUCGAGACAAUAAUGCUUAUCACCAUCGGCCAAAGGAUAGCAAAAAAUUUAAGCGGUUGAAAAAAGCUCAGAGGGAUUCUGAUGAGGAGCGGUUUGGGCUUUCUGAUGAGGAGUUUGAUGGAAGUGGUAAGGGCGGCCGUACAGCUGAGGAGAGACUUAAGCGCACCUUAUUUGGUGAAGAUGAAGGAGUGCCACUUGAUGAGGAUAUUGCUGAGGAGGAGGAGCAGGCAGAAGAGGAAGAGGAUGGAGACUUUGGUGAGGAGGAUGAGAUGGCAGAUUUUAUUGUGGAUGAAGAAGAAGUUGAUGAGAACGGGGCUCCAAUUAGACGAAAAAAGCUGAAGAGAAAAAAAUCUAGGCAGGCACCAGGAGUUGCAUCAUCUUCUUUGCAGGAAGCUCAUGAACUAUUUGGUGAUGUUGAUGACUUGUUGCAACGCCGCAAACAGGAGUUAGAAUCUAACGAGUGGAAGGAAACAGGAUUGGAUAAGGAAUUUGAGCCAACUAUACUUUCUGAGAAAUACAUGACUGAGAAAGAUGAGCAGAUUCGGGUGACUGAUAUUCCGGAAAGAAUGCAGAUAGCUGAGGAAAGCACUGGUUCUCCUCCGACAGAUGAAAUGAGUAUAACAGCUGAGACCAACUGGAUAUUACAUCAAUUUGCAAGUGGCGUGGUGCCUUUCUUUCGCCAGAAAGGAGACCAGUCAAAUGAAGGGCUGCAGGAUGUGCCUUUUGAUAGGCAUGACAUCAGCCGAUUUUUGGAAUUGCAUCAUGGGCAGAAGUUAGAUACCCCAUUCAUUGCUAUGUACCGGAAGGAGGAUUGUUUAAGCCUGUUGAAGGAUCCUGAGCAACAUGAUAUUGAUGAUGAGAAUCCUGAUAAAUCAGACAGAAAACCUAUACUCAAGUGGCACAAGGUGCUUUGGGCUAUUCAGGACUUGGAUAGGAAGUGGCUACUUCUUCAAAAACGAAAAAAUGCUCUCAAUUUGUACUAUAAUAAACGAUUUGAAGAAGAAUCUCGCCGGAUAUAUGAUGAGACAAGGCUUAAUCUAAAUCAGCAGCUUUUUAAGUCGAUUCUUAAGUCGCUCGAGGCUGCGGAAUCCGAGAGAGAAGUUGAUGAUGUUGAUGCUAAGUUUAACUUGCAUUUCCCUCCAGGUGAGGUAGGUGUUGAUGUGGGACAGUAUAAGAGGCCCAAAAGGAAAUCACAAUAUAGUAUCUGCAGCAAGGCUGGCCUUUGGGAGGUUGCAAACAAAUUUGGUUUUAGUGCCGAGCAACUUGGAAUGGCUUUGCACUUGAUCAAAGUGGGGGUCUUUCUGGAGAAUGCAAAGGAAACACCAGAGGAGAUGGCUUCAAACUUUACGUGUGCAAUGUUUGAAACUCCCCAAGCAGUUCUUAAAGGAGCCAGGCACAUGGCUGCAGUUGAGAUAAGCUGUGAGCCAAGUAUUAGGAAACAUGUCCGUGCUAUAUAUAUGGAGAAUGCUGUUGUAUCCACAAAUCCAACGCCAGAUGGAAAUGUGGCAAUAGAUUAUUUUCAUCAAUUUGCUAGUGUGAAGUGGCUGCGUGAAAAGCCAAUGAAUAGAUUCGAGGAUGCUCAAUGGCUGCUUAUCCAAAAGGCUGAAGAGGAGAAGCUUCUACAAGUGACAUUUAAGCUUCCAGAAAGAAUAAUGAAUAAGUUGAACAGUGACUUCAAAGAGCAUUAUCUUAGCGAUGGUGUUAGUAAAUCUGCUCAACUCUGGAAUGAGCAGAGGAGUUUGAUACUGGAGGAUGCACUAAAUAAUUUUCUCUUACCUUCAAUGGAGAAAGAAGCAAGAUCCUUGCUGACAAGUAGAGCCAAAAGCUGGUUGCUUUGGGAAUAUGGUAACAUUCUCUGGAAUAAAGUUUCUGUAGGCCCGUAUCAAAGGAAAGAAAAUGAUGUUUCCUUAGAUGAUGAAGCUGCUCCAAGGGUCAUGGCCUGCUGUUGGGGCCCUGGGAAGCCAGCCACCACUUUUGUGAUGUUAGAUUCAUCAGGGGAGGUGCUAGAUGUCCUUUAUGCUGGAUCCCUCACAUUGCGAUCUCAAAACAUUACUGAUCAGCAACAAAAGAAACGUGAUCAGCAACUUGUUUUGAAGUUCAUGAUGGACCACCAACCACAUGUGGUUGUUCUUGGAGCAGUGAGUUUGUCUUGUACAAAACUUAAGGAUGAUAUUUAUGAGAUCAUUUUUAAGAUGGUAGAGGAAAAUCCUAGAGAUGUUGGACACGAGAUGGAUGAACUGAGUAUUGUGUAUGGUGAUGAGGCUUUGCCUCGACUCUACGAAAAUUCUCGAAUUUCUUCUGACCAACUAGCUGGGCAGCCAGGCAUUGUUAGGCGAGCUGUUGCUCUUGGCCGUUAUUUACAAAAUCCAUUGGCAAUGGUUGCAACGCUUUGUGGACCAGCAAGAGAAAUUUUGUCUUGGAAGCUCAGCCCUUUGGAGAAUUUUCUCAAUUCUGAUGAGAAAUAUGCAAUGAUUGAACAGAUUAUGGUAGAUGUCACAAAUCAGGUAGGCCUUGACAUUAACAUGGCUACUAGCCAUGAAUGGUUAUUUGCCCCUUUGCAGUUCAUUUCUGGGCUUGGGCCUAGAAAGGCAGCAUCCUUGCAGAGGUCUUUGGUAAGGGCUGGAGCAAUCUUCACUCGAAAAGACUUUGUUACAGUCCAUGGACUUGGCAAAAAGGUGUUCGUAAAUGCGGUUGGUUUUUUGCGUGUCCGGCGUAGUGGGUUGGCUGCUAGCAGCAGCCAAUUCAUUGAUUUGUUGGACGAUACAAGGAUACAUCCAGAAUCUUAUGGUCUAGCACAGGAGAUGGCCAAAGAUGUUUAUGAAAUGGACAAUGGUGAUGGAAAUGAUGAUGAUGAGGCACUGGAAAUGGCAAUAGAGCAUGUUAGAGAUCGGCCUAAUUUAUUGAAAUCUCUUGAUCUUGAUGAGUAUCUCCAGGAUAAGAAGCGUGAGAAUAAAAAGGAGACUUUCAAGAAUGUAAAAGGGGAAUUGAUACAGGGUUUUCAGGACUGGCGUAAACAGUAUAAAGAACCAACCCAGGAUGAGGAAUUUUAUAUGAUCUCAGGUGAAACUGAGGAUACCCUUGCUGAAGGGAGAAUAGUACAGGCCACUGUCCGCAGGGUGCAAGGUGGAAAGGCAAUAUGUGUACUAGAAUCAGGAUUGACUGGGAUGCUUUCGAAGGAAGACUAUGCAGAUGAUUGGAGGGAUAUACCUGAGUUGUCUGACAGGCUGCAGGAAGGCAUAAUACUUACUUGCAAGAUUAAAUCAAUCCAAAAGAAUAGGUAUCAGGUAUUCCUAGUUUGUAGGGAGAGUGAGAUGAGAAGUAACCGACUUCAGCAAGUUCGCAUUUUAGAUCCAUAUUACCAUGAAGAUCGAAGCAGUUUGCAGAGUGAACAAGAAAAGGCUCGCAAAGAGAAGGAGCUUGCAAAGAAACACUUUAAACCUAGGAUGAUAGUUCAUCCUCGCUUCCAGAAUAUAACAGCUGAUGAAGCAAUGGAGUUCUUAUCUGACAAGGAUCCUGGGGAAAGUAUCGUUCGGCCCAGUUCUCGCGGCCCAUCUUAUUUAACUCUUACUCUAAAAGUUUAUGAUGGGGUUUUUGCUCACAAGGACAUAGUUGAAGGUGGAAAGGAGCACAAGGACAUUACAAGUUUACUUCGCAUUGGGAAGACACUGAAAAUCGGGGAGGACACUUUUGAAGAUCUGGAUGAGGUAAUGGAUCGCUAUGUUGAUCCCUUGGUAGCUCAUCUGAAGGCAAUGCUAAAUUAUCGCAAGUUCAGAAGGGGCACUAAAGCAGAAGUUGAUGAGCAACUCAGGAUUGAGAAGGCAGACUACCCUUCUAGAAUAGUUUAUUCUUUUGGCAUUUCUCAUGAGUAUCCAGGCACAUUCAUUCUGACUUAUAUUAGAAGCACAAAUCCACAUCAUGAGUAUGUUGGUCUAUAUCCCAAGGGAUUCAAGUUUCGCAAAAGGAUGUUUGAGGAAAUUGAUCGACUAGUGGCAUAUUUUCAAAGGCAUAUUGAUGAUCCCAUGCAUGAUGCAGCACCAUCAAUUAGAUCAGUUGCUGCCAUGGUACCAAUGCGAAGCCCUGCAACUGGGGGCUCUUCAGGGGCAUCCAUGGGUAGCGGUUGGGGUGGUUCCACAAAUGAUGGCAGUUGGAGAGCUCAGUCUUUUGACCGCGAUCGUUCUUCUGGGCCAGGUUCCAGGACAGGCCGAAAUGAUUAUAGAAGUGGCAGUAAUCGAGAUAGUCAUCAAAGUGGAUUACCAAGGCCAUAUGGUGGUCGAGGACAUGGUCGGGGCUCUUAUAAUAGCAGAGGAAAUAGCACUGGCAAUGACAAGCAAGAAUCUGGUUAUGACAAUUCCAAAUGGGAUUCAGUUGCUAAGGAUAGUGAUGCAGGUUGGGGCAGUUUCCCAGGUGCUAAAGUCCAGAACUCUCCUGGCAGGGAAGCUUUUCCUGGUGGCUGGGGAACUGGUGGCAGUGGCAGUGGCAGUGGAAGUGUCAAUGGCAAUUGGGGGCACGGAACUGGUGGUGGCUCCGAUAAAGGGAAUUCUGGGUGGGGUAGCAGUUUGAAGAGGGGCUUUUCACAGUCACAAGGUGAUGGUGGAUGGUCCGGGGGCAGUGGUGGUUGGUGAAGUGAUCGACAGGCAGCAUACCCAUUGUUCUCUUAUCAUCUGCCGGAAGCUGGCUAUAAUGGAUGAUAGUUAAUGCUGUAAUUCCAGGGAUGAAGUGAAAGAUGGAAAGAUGGUCCACAUCCCUGGUCUCUCUUAACUUUGCGCCUGAUGGAAGAGCUAUGUUACUAUAUUUAUAAUGACUGCAAUUGCAUGGUGCAUCUUUAUCA